AAAAAGUUGCAAAAAGAAACGCUUGCAAAGAAGGAAAUUAGAUUACAACAGGGAGUAACAUUUUAGCUCCAGAGGGAGAAGAGAGAAAGCGACUCGCAGUAGCAAUGGAGGCGGAAUUGAAAGAGAUGCUUAACGAUCUUGAUUCUCUCAAGCAAUCACUGCCUGAUCCCUCAAAUCUUGCUUCUUCAAUUCUUAAGCUGCAAUCGCGUGUUGAGCAUCUCACGAAGCUGGCAAAGUCUGCACCUGUUCGGCGUACGAAAGUUCAGGAUAUGAGCGCGGAGGUGGUAGAUAGUAAUCCAUAUAGUAGGCUAAUGGCACUUCAGAGGAUGGGUAUUGUGGACAAUUAUGAGCGCAUUCGGGACUUCUCUGUUGCCAUUGUUGGAAUUGGUGGUGUUGGCAGUGUUGCGGCUGAGAUGUUAACAAGGUGUGGCAUAGGUCGUCUUUUGUUGUAUGAUUAUGACAAAGUGGAGUUAGCUAACAUGAAUAGGCUUUUCUUCCGUCCGGAACAGGUUGGCAUGACAAAGACUGAUGCUGCCAGUCAGACCCUUUCAGACAUCAAUCCUGAUGUCGUCCUUGAGAGCUUCACAUUGAACAUCACGACAGUGCAAGGAUUUGAAACCUUUAUGUCAAGUUUAAGAAAUAAAUCAUUUCGCCCAAAUAAAGAAGGCAGUGGAGUAGAUCUCGUUUUGAGCUGUGUGGAUAAUUAUGAGGCAAGGAUGGCUGUUAACCAGGCUUGCAAUGAGUUGAAUCAAACAUGGAUGGAGUCUGGUGUAUCUGAGGAUGCAGUCUCAGGUCACAUACAACUGUUGAUUCCUGGAGAAACUGCUUGUUUUGCAUGUGCACCUCCUCUUGUUGUGGCAUCUGGAGUAGACGAGCGUACUCUCAAACGUGAAGGAGUCUGUGCAGCAUCUUUACCUACUACCAUGGGGGUUGUUGCGGGGCUUUUAGUGCAAAAUACGCUGAAGUUACUGCUACAAUUUGGACAAGUGUCUCCUUACCUGGGUUACAAUUCUCUUAAAGAUUUUUUCCCAACCAUGGAAAUGAGGCCGAACCCUCAAUGUUCAAAUGCUGCUUGUCUGGAGCGUCAGAAAGAAUACCUCCUUGUAAAGCCAGCUAGGGAGGCUGCAAUUAUAGCCAAGAUGGAGGCAGAAGUACUAUCAGUUCCAGAAGGCCCACUUCAUACUGAUAAUGAAUGGAACAUCAGUGUUGUCGAUGAUAGUGCGCCGGAAAGGACAGAUGCCACAAGUUCAGAUGCUCUUCCUGACGGUCUUACUCGUGAGCUCCCAGCUGCGGACGAGUUUCAAAAAUUCCCUGCUGCUGAACCAGCUACAGCCACUUUUGACGACAUUGAAGAACUUCGGAAACAACUUGAUGCCCUCAAUGCUGACUGAUUAAGGUCCAAUAUUAGCAUUUAGUGCAGAUACAACUACAAAGUCAGGCGAAGGAAGAGAUUCUAUUUGACCAAGCCCUUUCUUGGGUCAAUAAGGUUUUUUUUUUUUUUUAAGCUUUCGAUGAGGGAGUUUAGCUGUGCAUUGCUUUUGUUCCCUUGUACCCGCUUUUUACCAUGACCAUGUUUCCAACGUUGUUGUGUACCAGUCGAACUAAUUUACUCAGUUUUAAACAAAACCAAAAUUUACUGCGCGGCAAAAAA